GUCUCAAGACACCGAGCUCAUGGAGAAAGUCUUUCUGGGUAUUGAUCUCCGCAUCACCACUCACCGCCUUUACCAUGUGCCUUUGACUGCCGCAUCUGCAGUCUAGGCAGCUUCGACGCCUCGCGGAGUCUCAUUUCUACCUGUAGCAUAGCGACCAACGUCAGCCUUUCACUUCCGCCCCUUCUCGAUACCCCGGGCCGCAGGCAGCCUCCACCUUCCACCCUUCGGACCACAGUACGCUACUCGAGCGACAUGCCUGUCUUCCACACGCCUCACGCGAGCAUGGGCUCUGGCGCAAGCUACAGCGAUGCGGCGUCGCGAUUCUCCGGGAGGCAGGUGAUGGAUGCGGACAAUCACGGGACCCGCAAACGACGCAAUGGCGACUACGAUACAUUCUCUAUACGCGGCUUCAUAGCACAGCCACGGACCGGCACUUCUUCAGCAUUUUCGCAUUUCGAGAGUCCUGCGCCGCUUGCGCAUGACCGAUACACAUUGGCAGGAGGGAGCAUAGAGGGCACAAACAGCUUCACACGGCAGAACGGAAACUACGACGACUACUUCAACCUCCAAACACAGCGCGGCAUGUGGUCUUCGCCGACAAGCCCCUCCAUGCGGCCCAUGACACUAGAUCGAGUCGCCUCGACGCCGGAUACGCCGAGUUCCUGGAUGGUCGAUUCGCUCUUCAACCUCGUCGGCGGAGUUGCAGGCACACUCUUCAAGUUCUGCACGGUACCAUUCCGCGGAUUCCAAGCAGGCGGCGGCCAGAGCUACGACGCAGAUGCGCAGAUCAAGAUUGCAUCCAAACUCGGCCUCCACGACGAGCCCGAGCCCAGCGAACCGGCCGCACCAGUUCAACAGAUCAAGUUCGACACACGCCCCAGCCCCAGCGACGACUACGGCGUCCGCUCAAUCGAAUCCGUAGACGCUGACCGCCCGCGCAUGCCCAAACGCCUCCGUACAGAAGACGCCUGGGUCAUGGUCGGUACCGACGAGGAAACGACCGCAAGCCCCGUAAUCACACCACGCAUAUCCGAACGCCGCAUGCCCGCACCCGCAUACACACCCUCGCCCUCGCAGAUCCCGCGGCCGCUAUCACGAACGAGCGCAAUACCCGUCUCCAAACGGCCCUCGCUGAUCCCCAUAUCGCGGCGCUCCAGCGGAACACGGACACCCCUAUACAACAGUAGCAUCUCCGGCUCAAAGAGCCACAACAGACAACGGAGCUUCAGUCGGCUGAGCUUCGGCAGCCCGGGCAAAGCCGAAGAGAAGAAGAAGGCCAGUCCCCUGCCGCCGGACAGUCAGAAGCUGGUGAGCAGGAUCAGGAGGGAGGAGAUGGAGGACGAUGCGCGGAUGCGGCGGAUGAGCAGCCAGAUGAGCGCCAUGCUUAGGGAAGCACGGGAGGCGCUGGGGAGCACGGUGGAGAUUAACGACGACGACGACGAUGAUGUCAUGUCGUGAGACUACAGCGGACGGCACGAUGAACGGCCUUGCAUGCGUUUGCUUUCUUGCAUAGGUACGGAUUUUUCUUUCAGCGAUUGCGGGCGUCAUGGGAAGGGCGUUUGGUGCGGAUUAUACCCGGUACGGCAACGGCCGCUUUGCAUUUACACAGGCAGUCGAGCGACUGCGGAAUCGACUCUAUGCUUAUCUCUCAUCGCCUCUUUGUCCGCAGCCGCGUCCAGCUCGUUCUCUUGCGCUUGACGGCCAUGUGGUCUUGGCCAACGACGCGGUAGAUAAACCCGCGGCUACUCUGACAUCUCCUGCACCUUGCCUCACUUUGUCUUCUCGAAUACGCCAA